GUAGAAUAAUAAUUUUUAGUACUAGUAAAUAAUAGAUAGUAAGUUUGAUUCUGGACCUAUAUUUGGUGGAAGAGCGAAUUCUGAACCCGGAGAGACCUAAGAAGGAAAUAUUAAUUGAUUGAAACAUUCGUUAAGGAAGACCGACAUCCACCUCCUGGGUAACCACUGUGCUCUAGGGCUCCUACCGAACAGAUUGGUGACAUUUUUCAGGUUUGGGAGCUUUUAGAGCGAUUCCGUGAAAUUCUAGACAUGAAAUCUGAGAGGGGAAUGAGUGGAAGUCAAGUUUUAACUUCACAAGGGGCUGAUGGUGAUCGCCGACUAAUAUGUGAAGCUGAUCCAUCGGGUUCCACAGGAAGUUCUUUUAUUCAAGUGGAAACAGAAGCAAUGAAAGAGGAAGCCCAAGUUUUGCUCGCAUCUUUCACCUAUGUCAGAUGCUUUGGUGUAGCUUUGACCAAGGCCCAUAAUUCAUUACUAAGAGUGCUAAUAGGUGAACUGCAAUCAAAGGUGCCUGCUUUGGUGGAUCGGAAUUCUGAACCCGGAGAAACUCGGACAAGACGUGCAGUUCCUUCUAAACGAACCAAGGUCAAUAUGCUUCCUAUCAAUGAAUUGACUUGGCCAGAACUAGCUCGUAGAUAUAUCUUGGCUUUCUUAUCAAUGGAUGGUAACCUCGAGUCUGUGGAAAUUACUGCCCGUGAAAGUGGUAAACUAUUUUGUUGCUUACGAGGCGAUGGUGGUUUGCUGAGCGGUUCCCUUACUGGCGUGGCUGGGAUGGAAGCUGAUGCACUGUUGCUUGAGGAGGCUAUGAAGAAGAUUUUUGGUUCUUUGAGCAGAGAAAAUGAUGUACUCAUCAUAAAAGGGCGGAUAAAAGCAUAUCUGUUACACAUUUCAGAUUCUGAUAACCAACAUAUGAAUUCAAUAGAAGGACAACUUAGGCCUGUUCCUGUGGCUGUGGAGUCUCAAUGUACAGAUAAAUCCCUCAAGUCUUUUCCAUCGUCAAAUCAUAUGCAUCAAGCAAUAAAUGGCUACAGUGGAGCAACUCAUAUUCAGGGUAAUAACUACCAGAAAUGUGAGAUAAGGGAUGUAUCUACUUGUGCAACAUACCAGCAAGGAAAAUGUAUCUACUUGAGUCUGCGGAAAUUACUGCCCGUGAAAGUGAUAAAGCAUUUCAUUGCUUACGAGGCGAUGGUGGUUUGCUGUGCGGUUCCCUUACUGGCGUGGCUGGGAUACAAGCUGAUGCACUGUUGCUCGCGGAGGCUAUGAAGAAGAUUUUUGGUACUUUGCGCAGAGAAAAUGAUGUACUCAUCAUAGAAGAAGAGGAAGGGUGCUGCUGAAAUUAAAUUGGCAAAUGAUGGUAAAAUUCCUGAAUGGGCGCAGGUGCUGGAACCUGUCAGAAAGCUACCAACAAAUGUGGGAACCCGAAUCAAAAAAUGUGUUAGUGAUGCUCUAGAUAAGAAUCCGCCAGAUUGGCUCAGUUAGUAAGGAAGUGCACAAGGGCAAUGCAUCUGGACCAACAAAGGGUCUAUUCACAACAGAAAGAACGGUCUAGAUCCAGCUGCAGCCCCAUUUGCUAAAAAUCCAAGAGACAUCACCUACUGAAGAGAAUAAAAUCAAUGACAUUUUGCAAGGAUUGCUUACUUGUGAUUCUAAAGAACUAUAGGGGGAUGGAGCAAUCAAUCUUUUGCAGGAGAGGUUACAGGGAAUUCGCCGAAGCCAAAAAAGGCUUUAUCUGACAUAGAUAAUUUGUUGAGGGGAAUGAAUAUUAAGACGCCUCUUAGAUAGGAUGUAGGAUAUGCUGUGAAGCAGUUAGAUUCACCCACACCACCAAGAAGUCCAUUUGCUUCGCUGUCAUCAUUGCAAAAACACAUUUCACGGUCAAAGCCAUCAUCAGAUAGAUCCAUUUUCAGCUCAUGAAAUUGAUCAUAUACCUACAAGAAAUUAUUCAUCAACUCACAUGAUAAACCAGGAAGUCAACAUUCUUAGUUCUAGUAAGCUGUCAGAUGAGCUGAGUGCACCUAUAAUCAAAGAUGUUAUUGCUGCUGGUGAGACAAAUACAAUUCUGGAGACUAGUGAAAAUUCCAAUGAAGAUAUUGUUGCAGUUAGCGAGACAAGUUCGGUUGACGAUCCUGAUAGAAAUUACACCAGUACUCCUCGGAUGUUGGUCUGGUUAUGAUUGAUGACAAAAUACUAUGUUUUUAGGCUAUAGUUGCUUUUAGAAUUGAAUCUUUGUCUUUUGGUACAGGAAAAGAGAAUUGAAUCAUUUUCCUUUAAUUUCAGAAAAAGGUGGGACUUUAUCCUCUCGGUGAGGCAAUUUUAUUUGGUGCCAUUGUUCUUAUAACAAUGACAGUAUACAUUUUAUAUAGGUAGUUUGAUUUCUUUUAUGAUAUGCAUUCUAUAGUUAAGAAGGAUUAAUUGGUCUCUUUAUUUUCUUUUAUAGUUUCAUCGAAUUUGUAGACGUUUUCUCAGAACCAUUAUUCCCAUUUUUUUGGAUAUAGUAUAUCACAAGCAAUCUACUUCUAAG